AUGGAGGCGGCGCGUCGCAGGGGGAGCCAUCGAAUCGAUAUGGCGUCGCUAAGGUCCGCUGGUCGCUGCGAACGGUUCGGAGCGCUGCUGAGGCGGAUGCCCCGCGCGCCCCUCGACCCGCACUCUCCACACCUGCUGUGUAUUUAUAGCGGCACAGCCGGCGCUGGGGAUGCGGGCGUCGCCGAGUUUGCGACGCAAAUAUUUCGCGCGCCAAUUGACCUUUCGUCGGUCGAUGUGGCGACGACGGCGACGGGUGCGGUCGCCGUAGCUUCGCCAACACGAGCUAUAUAUAGACGGGCGACAACACCCGCCAGGGGCCGGCCGCGUAGGCAGUUUUCCUUUAUCACCCGCCCGGCAGCCUCUACCCUGGUUCACGGUGCCGCUUGA